UAAAAACAAAUCAACAAAAAGAAAAAGAAAGUCCCAAUAAAAACAGGAGAAACCCAGUUUCUUCAUUCGUGGUUCAAUUUGAUUUUUACAUUUUCGAUUCCACCAUUUCCAUUCCCUCCACAUACUGACAUGAAUCACCGGCUUCGUUUUUCCCAUUUUGCCCUAUUCAUCUUCUUCCUUCUCCAUUUCCCUACAUUCUUCUCCAAAUCCCAAGCUCUGACACACGGCGGUGGCCGGAAAAACAAAGCUCCGACCAACAACUCCUCGAAGUCUGUGUCGGCGCUUUUGGUGUUUGGAGAUUCCACCGUCGAUCCCGGUAAUAAUAACUUCAUUCCUACGAUUUUUAGAAGCAAUUUUCCUCCUUAUGGCAGAGAUUUCCCGUUUCAUAUCCCUACCGGAAGAUUCUCUAAUGGGCGUCUGAGUACGGAUUUUAUAGCUUCUUAUUACGGAGUGAAGGAUUACGUUCCGCCGUAUUUGGACCCGGUGCUUAGCAUUGAGGAUUUAAUGACCGGCAUCAGUUUUGCCUCCGCCGGUUCUGGGUUCGAUCCUCUUACUCCCAAAGUUGGGAAUGUUGUGUCGAUUGCAGCACAAGUGGAAUAUUUCAAAGAAUACAAACAAAGAUUGGAGUCUGUAUUAGGGAAACAAAGAACCAUAAAUCAUAUAAAGAAUACAGUGUUUUUUAUCAGUGCAGGAACCAAUGAUUUUGUCAUCACUUACCUCAACUUACCUCUUCGAAGAAAGACUUUUACUCUUUCAGCUUACCAACAGUUCAUUAUUCAACAAAUCUCACAAUUUUUCCAGGCCUUAUGGGCCGAAGGAGCAAGAAGAUUCGCAAUGCCGGGGUUAGCUCCGAUUGGAUGCUUACCGGUGGUGAUAACACUAUAUUCCAGCAACGCUUUUCUCGAUCGUGGCUGCAUCGACCGUUACUCCGCCAUUGCCAGAGACUUCAACGUCCUUCUCCAAGCCGAACUCCUCUCUUUACAGACUCGUCUCUCUCAAAAAUCCCCCACUUUCAUCGCCUACAUCAACGCCUACGACCGCGUCAUCGACAUUAUCCGCGACGGCGGAAAAUCCGGGUUUGAAAAAGUGGAUGUUGGUUGCUGUGGAAGUGGAUUCUUGGAGAUGUCGCUGUUAUGUAAUUACAAAUCGCCGGUGUGUCCUGACGCCGGGAAGUAUUUGUUCUUCGAUGCGAUUCAUCCGACGGAGAAGACGUAUUACAAUCUCUUUCAGGCUGGAAUCCCGGCGUUUGAUUAUAUCACCAAGGACUUACGUUGAUUUUUGUUUUUCAAGUUCUUACCUUUCUCAUUUUUUUAAAGGAAAAUAAAAAAAGGUAUUUUAUAUAUAUUACAAAUAAUUUUUUUUUAAAAGCGUAUUAUAUUAUAAUUAACAAUGAAUAUGGUUUAAAUUGGUUAUAGUGUGUAUUUCAAAAGGAAAAAGAAAUAUUAGUGAAGAAGGUAAUUAAAUGAAUGCUUCAAAAUUCUGCCACAUAAAAAUGUGUUAGCACCAAAGUUUGGAAUCAUGUACUUCGUCUUCAUCAUGUACUUCUUCGUCUUCAACAUAUAUCGAUUAUCAAUUGAAAUGUAUCUUUUAUUGAA